GAAACCUGUAAUGAUAAAUUUCAUUAUACUAAUAGUUCAGCGCAUUAGUUGUAGGUAUCGCCACUGCAUAAGUUUGUUUACAAAACAGUUAUAACCUAUAAAAUUGUGUUGCCUUAGAAACGUUAAAAUGUCAAAGUCUUACGGUUUAAUCCAGCCCGACAAAUACAAAGCGUUAAAAAAAGGUGAAGUGUCAGCGAUAAAACCCUCGAUCUUUCAAAACGAUUCAGACUCCGAACCAGAAGUUUCGAAACCUACUGGCAUAAAAAAGAGCGUUAAGAAACAGGAGAAGAUCAACUACGACAAAGCGCUCGAAGAGGACCCGACCGUUUACCAGUAUGAUGAAAUCUACGACGAAAUGGACCAGAAACGCAAGGAGACGAAGCUGGCGAAGAAGGACGUGGACAGGAAACCGAAGUACAUUAACAGGUUGUUGGUGGCGGCCGAACGAAGGAAACGGGAGAACGAACGGCGGAUAGAGCGGCAGGUGCAGAAGGAACGAGAACUGGAAGGUGAGGAAUUCAAAGACAAAGAAUCGUUUGUGACAUCCGCAUAUAAAAAGAAGCUGGAGGAGAUGAAAGAGCUUGAGGAACAGGAGAGGCGCGAGGAGUAUUUGGAGAGCAUUGGUGAUGUUAGGAAGCAGGGCAACUUGGAUGGUUUCUACAGGCAUUUGUAUGAUCAGAAACUUAACUAUGAGGAAAAAACGGAGGCGGAAGAAACGGAAAAAACUGAGGUAGACAACAAAAGGAAAAGUUCUGAGAGUGAUCAGGAGGAAAGGGUGCCCAAAAAAGCAAAAACUAGAAAGUACAGGUCGAGAAAACGUAGCAAUUCUGAUGAGGAACCAGAAAAAGAACCAGAAGUUGAAAAUGAAAUUAAGAAGGAACACAUACAAUCAAAUUUGGAUGCUGAUUCUGAUUUCAGUAUUGAUUCUUCUGAUAGUGAAGAUGAAACAGGCCCCAAGGAAGUUAAAUCUGAGCCUGUAACAUCUGAAGGGGAGAAAGAAGUUAAAGAAUCAGCUGAGUUUAAAGUACCUGAAAUUAAGACUGAACCUGAAGAUAAAGAUAAAGUUAAACCAGAGAUAAAAGAGGAGGUAAAGGAAAAGCCUAAAAAACCUAAGGUUGAUAUUUGGAAGAAAAGGACAGUGGGUGCUGUAUUUGACGAGGCUUUGAAACGAUAUUUUGAACGGAAAUCUUUACGGGAAUCUGGAUUGUAAAUUAAAAAUCCCUCUUAUAAUGUGUUUAUAAUAAUAAUAAAAUUAGGAUUCAUCAA